CGCCAACAUUGACAGUUCAAUGUUUGUAUGCUUUAAAAUCACAUCGAAUUUGGCAGCUUCUUUGAAGAUUCUAUCUACAAACAGACGUGAUGAAUUCAUUUUCACAGGGUAUUUUCGUGUUCAAAAAUGGUUAUUUGCAUGGCAAACCGGAUAGAAAAAGGAAAUCAAAAUUUCCCAUUCCACAAAGCACAUUCAAUUGUGAUGAAAAUGCACGACACUGGAACGAGGAAUUUGAACGUACUUGGGGUUACAUACAGUCACGAAUUGAUGAGAUUCAAGCAAAUAACAAUGAUGGCCAUUUGAUGGAGCUGUGUGAUUUCGUGACAAAAAGUUGGUCCUCCGCAAAUGUUGCAGCCGAAAAAAAUGGGUCCGAUAUGACACUUUUACGUGUUGCCGCACUUUUGACUGGCAUUAACAAACCAGAUCAUCAUCAGUAUUUCAGACUUCUGUCAAACACACUGAACAAAAAGAAAAUUGCUCGAACCGUUUUUCUACCAGCCAGAGAUUGUCCAAAUGUUCGUACUGCUAUUGAAACCUUAGUUUCAUGCUUGCUGAGCAAUGGUCGAAAACAUAACUAUCGCGACGAAGGUGAUGUGAUUGCAGCCGGUGAUAACAGUUUGGUUUUUGGUUCUGAUGAGAGUGGGACAUCAGACAUUGAGAUGGAGGUGAAUGCUGAAGAUGAUGAUGAACCACCGGUGAAAUUACGAAGAAGCCAAUACACACUGGAUGUGCUACAAUCGUGGUACGAUACAAAAUUUGCCGCUGAAUCCGUGGAUGCCAUACCGCAAUUGGCGAUAAUCAUGCCGAAUUUCGAAGAAUUCAAACCAAAUGUGAUCAAGGAUUUGAUACGGAUUUUAAGCAAUCAUUGCAAGCGAUUACCCUUUGUUCUGAUAUUGGGGGUAGCAACGUCAACCACAGCUUUGCUGAAUACACUGUCUUUUAAUGAAACAACACGUAUUAAGCUGCGCGUAUUCUCCGGACAGCCGCCCAACCAAAUUCUUGACCAAAUUUUCGACGACGUCAUUCUAACACCAAAAUGUCCAUUCCAACUAGCUAGUAACGUGCUCGACUACCUGAAAAGUGUGUUUAUUUUCUAUGAUUUGACUGCGAAGAAUUUCCUUAGGUCGACUCGCUAUUGUCUUCUCGAUCAAUAUUCACGUGGAAAUGCAUACGCUGUUUGUGCAACUACAUUCAAACAAGCUCAAAAGAACAUUUCUCGUCUAAAGCACAACGAUUUUGAAACGAUACGACGGCUACCGUCAUUCCGACCUUACGUGGAUUCAAUGAAAAAUCCCGCUCACGUAUUGGCCAUUUUUGAAGACGAUGAUUUCCUUCGAACACAGCUCUUCGAUAUAGUCCAAAAUAUUUAUACGUUUUUCGCUAAAUUUCAUGGUUACAUUCGACUUUUGUGGAUUCUAGUAAAAGAUUUGCCAAAAUCACCAUUGGGCAAACGACUAAGUGACAUUUACAUGUAUUGUCAUAUGUCGAAGAAAAGUGUCACCACAACGGAAGAAUUUGAAAAAUGUUGGCAACUUUUAAGCCUGAUGUCCAAGGAUGAGUUUACAGAGCUAUUGGAAAAGUGUUACAUGGCUUUUGAAAUCUACGAAAAAGAUCAUUGCAAUGACAAGACAAUCGAUGAGAUAGUUCUGCGUGAUGCACAGGAUGCCUUUGAUGGAACAUCAACUAAAUUAAGGAACCUAAUCGAUGAACUGAAACAAGACCAUCAAUCAACUGAACGACAGGUAACACAACCUUCCGAACCAAAAAUUUUCGGAAAUCGGACAGCAUUCUAUGCAAAUAUGAAACAACAACAUAAAAAUACGAUGUCCGAGACUAGCCAGAUUAUUCGAAAAAUUUUGGACUUUUUUCGUGUUGAUGUGGUUGAAAGGUAUUUGCCACCACAGAGUCAAGCUCCGCCAUUGCUUGAACUAUUUGUUUACUCUGACUAUGAUCAAAUUCGAUCACAUCUUCGUGGCACGCCUCGCAGUGCUAUUCACAAAGUUUUAACUGAUCCACAUGCUUAUAUACAGUGCAAAUGCUGUGCGAUAGAAAAUACACAAUCAAAUCAACUGUUACCAACAAUGCCAGACAAUUCUAUUGCCUAUGGGUUACUGCUUGAAAGUGGACAACAAGUCAAUAUUUAUGAUUGGAUGAGCGCAUUCAACGCUAUCGUUGGUGAUCAUAGUGCAGAAACUCCAGAUGACGAUGAAAAUAUUCCACCAGAAAUUCAAGCGAAAUUCACUCGGGCAAGAGCUGAGCUACAUUUCAUGGGCUUUACCAAAAAUUCGAAGCGAAAGACUGAUCACGUAACGCGAACCACAUGGUGAAACAACAUAAAUUCCCUGAAGGAUUAAUUUUUAUAUUUGUUUUUCAUGCAGAGUGUCAACAUUUCAAAUCACAUUCAAAUUCAUCAAAUAAAAGUUAUCUUUUUUUGUAUUUAAA